UAUUUUUUUUAAAUUUUUUGGAAAAUUAGAAUAGUAGAUAUUCUACUUUCAAACCAAAUAAAAAAUAAUUCAAUAAUUCGUUUAGAACAACUUAUAAAACAACAACAUUUAGAUUACGUUUUACUUUUUCAAGAUACGUUAAAACCUAAACAUCACAUUCUUUUACAUUAUCCAUUAGUCAUUCGACAAUCUAGACCUCCUAAACAUUUUUGGAGUUUCAGAUAUGAAGCUAAGCACAAAAACCUAAAAACAUAUGCUCGAAAUAUAAGCUCUAGGAAAAACAUUACGAUGUCAUUGGCUAUAAAAUAUCAAUACAAGAUCAAAUGGAUAACUGGGAAAAUGAUGAUGUACUUUUAAAUUACACUGAAUUGCAACAUAAAACAGAAAAUAAUAUACUGGACAUGGAUGAACAGAGAUCUACAAUAAAUCAGAUGACAUUGUCAAUACCUCCAAUACCUAACAUGUCAAAUGAUGAAUGUAUGAAAGUUUGGAACAUUUUACAAUCAUGGAGUCUAGAAUGUGUGUAUAAAACAUGUAUAGAUCAAUGUAUUGAUACUGAAAUGAUGAAGUAUAUGAAUUGUAAACAUAUUAGAUUAUUGUUGGUGAAUUUUCCUCUUGGUAUACAAAUAAAGUUUGAAAAAUAUAUUCAUGAUUAUCAAAACAAAGAAGUUGAACAACAUCAAAUUCCAUUCUUAAAACCAAAAUCAAUUCCAGUAUCUACAGCACAAAAUAUUGUUCCAACAAAUGAAAAUAUAUUUGAUCUAAAUCAAAUUCUGACAAAAAGUUCACAAGGUUCUAUGGUUGUCGACUAUUACUUUAAAAAUAAAAAAUUGAAUGAAUCGUGUCGUACACUAUUAGUGGAGCUCAUUAUUAAUGAUUUAAUCAAAAAAAAUCGUACUAUGACUAUAGAUUUAGCUAGUAAUAUAUCAAAUGCCAUUAUUAUGUCUUUUCCAACAGAAAUAAAGGAUGUUUAUUUUUUGAAAGAUGUUACUUGCAAAGCUCCUAAAGGAAAAGUUUAUGUGAAAUACUUCAACACUAUGAAGAAAUUAAAAAAUGGAGGCUUAAAAUCAGGAAACAAUAAUACAUCUGAGGUUAAGAAAAUUAUUUAUAGAUCCGAAGAUUUACUUAAUUCUUCGUUAGAUAUUGAACCUGAUUCAGAAGAUAUGGCUCUUACUUUAUUAAAUAAUAAUGAUUUGUCUUGGCCUGAAAUAGAAGUAAUAUGGCGAAAAACAAUUAAUUUCCAACUUCAAUAUAUAAGGAACAAUGAUACAGCAAGUAUUUUUAGUAAAUGGGUACAUUACACAAAGCCAAUGGGCUACAAAUUAAUAGAGAUUGAUUUUGGUCGAAUGUACACAAAUUUUAAAAACUUAAAUGUAAAAUUUGAAAAAACCUUACCGACUUUACUGAGUAUAUUACAUGAUCGUGUCAAAGAUGGUGGAAGUGUAGUUCUAUUACGGCAGUUAAAAGAAUCGACCAAUUUAUGUAAAAAUGGUGAAACCUUGACUUCAUUAUAUUUGUUACAUUCAUUAUUUUUACCUACUACUAAAAAAGUUACUUUGGAUGAACAAGGCAAAAAAUCAACAAUCAAAUAUUCAAUAAAAGAUUCACAAAACUCAUUCAUCAUCAUAGCACAUACUGCAGUAGAACUGGAAUUAAUUUUAGAAAAACUUAAAAAACAAAAAAAUAACAUACAACCUUGUAUUUUAAUUGUUGGGUCAUUAUUAAAUCCUAUCCAAAUACUUAUUUACUUUGAUGAUAUAAAAUAUAAAGUAUUCUCAGCAAUUAAAGCCGUAGACAUAUGUUUGAAAAUUUUCCAUGUAUUCAAUUUAGAAUAUCCUUUACAGUGCAACAAUGUAUGGUUGUUUUUACAAAUUUAUUAUUAUGAAAUUGUGACAAAAUAUGAUAGGAGUUGUAGUUUUAUCAGACAAAUUUGUUCAGAAUUAAAUACAAAUUUAUUGAAUUCAGAUUUGAGUGGUUAAUUACAUUUGAUUAUAUUAAAUAUUUUGUUUUUAUUUUGA